AGGGGGGCUGCUGCCCCGGGCUGCUGCAAGGCCGGCUCGCAUUUUGUGACAAUUUUGGAGAGCUGUCGUGGUUAAUCCUUCGGAGACUGCUCUGUGCGAAUAGUGCCAAGAGGCUUUUGUUUUCGAGUGACAUGUUACGAACCAGCCUGCUCAAAGAUCGAUGUGUUGUGUGGCACCUGCUGUCAUUUCAGUGUCGCAAUUCCGUUUGCGGGGUUGAUUUUGGACGUGUCGGCCGGAUUUGCCUCAGUCAGAGGCUGGCCCAAGGCACGGCCCUUUCGGCUGCGAUUGUUUGAGUAUUGUUGAUAGUCGUGGUAACACGUUUGGCUUCAAGGUCUCACUGAGAAAGUAAGGUUAGGUUGUCCAUUUCGAUGUGCUAGCUGCAGACUACGGGUGCAACACAUGGUGAAUUUGGGUCCGUCUUUUCAGCCAAGAUGCUCAUCAAGCUUCAAGGAGGAAGCAAUGAUGGAGUGUACCACUUCAAAAUUCUCGUUCCAAGUGUGGCAGCUGGAGCCAUCAUUGGCAUCGGUGGUGAAACCAUUGGGCAGUUGCAGAAGGACACAAAAGCACGUGUUAAAAUGUCAAAAGCUGGAGACUUCUACCCAGGAACUGCUGAGCGAGUUUGUUUAAUAUCAGGCAAUGCAGAAUCUAUUAUGGAAGUGCUCACUUUCAUUAUGGAAAAAAUCCGAGACAGGCCAGACUUCAGUAAAGCAACUCCCACUCAUACUCCUGUACAAAAUGACUCAUUUGAUAACAAAAUCAGCCAAGAGAGGGAAAAGCAGGUUAAAAUUUUAGUCCCCAACAGUACAGCGGGAAUGAUUAUCGGAAAAGGUGGUAGUUACAUCAAACAAAUUAAGGAAGAAAGUGGCUCAUAUGUUCAAAUAUCACAGAAGGCAAAGGAUGUCUCUCUCCAAGAGCGUUGCAUUACAGUUAUUGGUGAACUUGAUCAGAACCAGAAGGCAUGUUUGAUGAUUCUUCAAAAGGUCAUGGAGGAUUCUCUCAGUGGUACUUGUUUAAAUGUGAGCUAUGCUGAUAUUGCUGGCCCUGUAGCCAAUUUCAAUCCUCGUGGCUCUCCUUAUGCCAUCACAACACAUACACCUUCUCAGCCUGGGACUCUACAGUCAGGUUUCAAUUCCACUACAAGUUUAAACUCAAUUGCCUCAGGAAAUGCAUUAGGAAAUGGCAUCAAUCUCAGUUUGAACCUAAGUGCUCCUAAUUCAGCGACUGGUUCAGCCCUAACGUCUCAAUUACUGGAACACAUUAAGGUUACACUACGCUCCAGUGGAUAUUCUGAUUUGGCAACAUCAGAAAUUAUUGCAUCCAUGGCCGUUUUGGCACGUUAUGGAAUUCUUGGCAUGGGGUUGGGGCUUGCCGGAACUGCCCCUGUUCAGCACCGGGCAACAGGGUUGCCUGCUGGUAGCUAUCUUGGUGUUCCAAUGGACUCUGCACCUGCCCAGGUACCAAGCCUCGCCAGCGGCCGUGAUAGCGGUGUGUUUGGACCCAUUGGCACUAUUACUGGGCUAGGGCCUGCUGCCAGUACUCCCCGCACAAAUGUCAAAGAUAGGUUUGGUGAUGCAGGUGAUGUCGGAGGAUUUGACAUGUUCCUCCGCAGCCCAGCUCAUUCUGCCCUUUCUACGUCACUUAACAAUAACUCAUUUGGACUGGGUACCAGUGGACAAUCUCUUGAACACAGUCCUACCCCAGCAGAUCCAAAGGAUGGUCGGAAGGUCGAUAUUGAGAUUCCUGAGUUGAUUGUUGGGGCCAUACUGGGGUUUGGGGGUAGGUCACUAGUGGAAAUCCAACACCUUAGUGGAGCAUCGAUACAGAUCUCAAAGAAAGGCCAGUAUGCUCCAGGAACCAGAAAUCGCAUUGUGACAAUUUCAGGCAUGCCAAAUGCUAUCCAAACUGCACAGUACCUCAUAGAGCAGCGUGUCAGUGAAGAGGAGGCCAAACGCGCCCGUCAAAAUCAGAUUGGAGGCCUACUAGUUAACUAAUUAAGGCAGUAAAGUGAACCUAUGCUCUGUUUCAAUUGUUGAUAUUAUGCUCAAACAUUUUUUUUUCAUUUAUGUUUGUUUUCAUAAAAUUAUUUGUUUUCUAAAAAAAAAUCAUAAAGAACAUUUAGCUGUUAUUUCUCAAAUGUUUUGAAGAGUUUUCUGGUAUGUUGUUAAAAUUAGUGUUUAGUUAAAGAAAUUUUGAGAAUUUAUGGUUUAGGCGCUCUCUGUUAGUUGUGCUAUGUUUCGACAAUCAUUUUUUUAUCUACUUUGCUUUUGCUAGAGGUCUUCUUCAUUAAAUUUGUUUAUCAUGUUCUUGGGGUUACGUUUAAAGGUGAUCCACUUAAUUUUAUCUUAAAUCAUUGGUCACCCUUAAGAUUACAGUAACUUACAGAGAAAACGAUUAACUUAGUCAUAGAUUAAGAUGUGAGAGCUUAGGGUAAAAGUUGUGUUGAACACAGCAUUUUACCUCUUUCAUCCAAGAAGAGCUGUGCGUAAUAGUUAGUUUUGUUGACAUAUAAAUGCACAUAGUUCAGCUAUAAAAAUUGUUUAUUGUUGGUUUUGGUCAUAUUCUUUGUAAAGCAUAUGGCAUUGCAGGACAGUGAAACUGGGCAGAAAUUUUUACAAAAAUGAAAGAGAGGUAGAUUUAUAGAUGAGGUAAUUUUGAAGAUGCUCAAGCCAUAUUGGACCACUAGUCCUUUCCAUCAAUCAGUCCCAAAACAUUGGCAUCCUCUUUGACCUGCAUAUGUGUGACGUCUGCUCAAUGAUUCAAAUGUUACCUUAUCAUUUAAUUUAUCAUGUCGAGCAUGAAGAGUUUUCUGUUUUCAUAACUUUAAAAGUUUAAGUUUAUUUAUUUAUUCUUUAGUGGUGGUGUCUGGUGCUGAAUUGCAUCUUCAUUUUGCCUUUCUGGCCUAAUUAUUUCAAUUUAUCAUAUUUCUUUUUAUAUAUAUUUCCUGGUUAUUUUGUACUUUAACUAUGAUAAAAAAAGUGUUGUGAUUUCAUAAGAAUAACUCAGCCCAUGUUAAAUGUUGCAGCACAUGUACCUGAAUAAAGCUGUGACUAAGAGUUAAAUUCAUGUAUCAUAGUAGCAUGGAAAGUAUCAUCAUCAGUCUCAGGCACCCCACAUGGUCAAAAUACGGAGAACAUAUUCCGUAAGGGCUUGACGAGGCCACUGGGGCAACAUCAAUUCAUGUUUCAUGCUAUACUGUAUUUUUGAAAGCUUUUUAUCAUCCUUUGUUGCAAAUACUUUUGUUUUUGUGUGAGUGGGUGAGUGCAUGUGCAUAUGUUUGUAUGUGUUUAUUGUAGCUCAAUUUUGAACUCAGUGGGUAUGUUUUCUUUCUCAUAAUGACUUCAAGUGGCUUAUUAUUUUGGGUUGUUUUGUUUGUAAUUGCUCUACAGUAUGUGAGAGCAAGCCAGCGUGCAUUUCAGUCAGAAUUGUAGUCAGCAAUGUACAAGUCAGUCAAUUGGCAGUCAUGUGGACUGUAGGCUGUCAAAGCCUUAUUCAUCACUAGUUAGAUGUUUUUUGUUUCCAUUGUAGUAAACAAUCAUUGUAAAUAUUCAGAUUUCAGCCUUUGUAUGUGUAUAUAUUCUUUAUAUAUGUACAUCACAUGUGCAAUUUUGGCACCAUGUGCCAAAUGCCAAAUAUUUGUUCAUUUAAGCACUCAAAUCAAGAUUGAGUACUCACAUGUUGUUGAUCAUUGAACUUCAAUACGAAAUUGAUAUUGUUGCCUUGAACUUUUGUACUGAUGUUCACCUUUACAUUUUACAUCCUAUGUUGGCAUUUUUCUUUUUGGAAAAAGAAAAAAAAGGAAAUUGAAGUUUCGUUUGUUUCCUGAAAUGUAAAGAAUAUUUUUAUCUGUACACUUCAUGGAUGUGAAUCGCAACCAACAGAAAUUUUAAAACAAUAUGGCUGUAAACUGUAUGUGCUAUUUUGGGAGGGGUUUACUUAAUGCUUUCUAGAAUUUCUUCAGUUCUGGUUUGGUGGGUACACUGGCUAGCUGUUCUUAUGAGGACAUUUAACGUGAUAUUGAAAAGGAUUGAAUUGACUGAAGGAAAGAAGGAAGCAAACUGUUAAAGAACUUCAGGUUGUUUGCCUCCUUGAAUUGUUUCUACAAAUUUGUUGUUUAUUUUCAUCCCAGUUUCAUGUUUUGGCCAAAUGAUUGUUUGUUUUCCUUUUUUGUUUUGUUUUAAAAUGAUGUUAUAAUGAGACAUGUUAUGCCCAUCAGACAGUUUCAGCUUGUGAUAAUGCUUUAUCCAGUUGAUUGUAUCUUUGUCCUUAUGACUACACCCACUUACUCUUGUACUCCUGUCAUUUACUUGACUGAGUUUCUCUUUAAUUUUACCUAAUUUCUUAUUGCCUCUUCUGCUCAUUGAAGAGUUGAUAUUUGAUAUGUGAUUUGCAUGUGCAUAAUUUUCUGCUGAUGAUUUAACUUCCAUUAGUUUAACAUAAAUAUGGCAUCAUCAAUGUUUGUCUUCAUAUUCCUUUCAAAAAUGUUCUUGUUUCUUCACCAGCAGUUUUGUUUUUCAUGUUUGCGCAAUCGUUUUCAUUUUGGGUUGUGAAGUGUUUUUGUGUUCAUAGAAUACAUUUAAUAUCCUGCUAUUAAUUUCAAGUUAAAUGACAAAUGCUACCGACCCAGCAUGUUGGUUAGAUUGGGCAGCAUCAAUAAAACCAUGACUAGUCCCACUUUGAGUGGCUUACCUGUUAAAAAAACUCAAAAUAAUUGUUUGUUCAUUACUUUGUUUAAUGAUGUAGCUCUUCAUUAUUUUUUUAAAUGGAAGAUAAGAUGUAUGGUGGUGUUGGCUCUUACUUAAUAUACAUUAUUUUUCAUUGUUUUCUUUGAAAUUUUGUAUGUGAUCACGAAAGCAUUUACAAAUGUGAUGGUAUGUAUCAUAAAUGUAGGAGCACUGCAUUUGUUUUAAGGACUAAGUCCAGUCACCAUCAUCUCAUGGGUAACAAGACUGGCCAUCAGAAUCAUUUGUUGAGUUACCACCACUACCACUUGUGUGAAUAGAUACAUAGAUGUUCUAUUUUUGUCCAUUACUAUUUAGAGUAUUUGUUGUUGGUAACAUUGUGAGAGAUUUCAAGGUUCAGUUCUUAUUUCUGUAAUGGUUACAGUUUGUAGUGCUAAAGAAAGUGAUGUUGCAUAUGGCAGCAAAAUGUGAUUGAUCGAGGUACUAACAAGUGUCUUCUUACCACUGUAGCACCUUGCUAUGUAUUCAUUUGCAUUUUCCUUGGCUCAAAUUGAGUUGUUAAUAUCUUGCUCACCAUUACAUAACAUGUUCUAACAUUUCCACCCUAUUCAUUUUCUUCAUAAAGUACUUUUGUUUAAAACUA